CUUUGCCCGCGGCCGCGGGCUAGCUCUACGUGCGAUUAGCAGUGCCAGCUGAAGAGUUGCGGCUAUAGUCGACUAAUCCUUAGCAGUCGGGCGCUCUCAGAGCCUCAGAAGCGCUCCCGCGACGUGAAACCAGCCAGCACCUCAUCGGAGGGGCUCAACGCCGUCGGCGCGAGAUGGCCGCCCUCUACGACCGCUACGCCGGCCUCUUCCUCCACACGAACGCGGCCUUCCUCUGCGAGCGCGCGCACGCCGAGGCGCCGUCGUCGCAGACGCUCGAGGCACUCGCGUCGUGCUACCUGAGACAGGGCGCGGCCCACCGGGCCUACGCGACGCUGCGCGGCCAGACGCUGGAGCCCCACGGGCGGUACUUGCUCGCGUUGGCCUGCCACCGCCUCGAUAAAGAUUCAGAGGCCGAGGCGGCGCUGUUGCCGGAUCGAGCAGCUCGAGCGGCCGGGCCCCGCGAGUCCUCUCAGUUAUUACGAUCCAAAGCGAGCCCGGUGCCCCACGGCGCCGCCGGGCUCUAUGUUCUUGGAAGUAUCUGCGAGAAGGGCCAUCGAGCGAACCAUGCCAUCGCGUACUACGAGUUGGCCCUUGAAAAAGACGCCUUGAUGUGGGUCGCCUACGACGCUCUUUGUAGACUAGGCGCGGACGUCGACCCGCAGCACACGUUCCGGAGGGACGCGCCGCAUGCAUUGAAGAAUGAGACGGUCGUAGACCCACCGACGGCCUCGAAAGAUGAAAACGCGCCGCCCCAACGGACGCCGCGCGGGCCUCGAGUCUUAGAACCGACGCCGCCGUCGGCGCCCUCGACUCAUAGACCCAAGGCUCUCAGUUUCGCGUCGACGCCGGCGUCGACGCCGCUGGAACGACCGCGAGCGAAGGUGCCGCGGACGGCUUCUUCCGAUAGAGGCUUCGCUCCUUAUCGAAAUGAGGUGCCUUCGUCCUUGCCCGGUGCGUUGUUGGAUGUUUUAAGGAUUCUGGGGAGCGCGAGGCGCGACCUCGCCGCGUCGAGAACAGACGCGUCACUGAAAGCCCUCCACUCCCUACCCGCGCGGCACUUCGACACGGGCUGGGCGCAACAUUUGAGGGGCCGGGCUCACUUCGAGAAGGCUGAUUAUGAUGCGUGCGUCAAUGCUUUACAGAGUAUGCGGCGGUGCGAACCUCAUAGAUUGGAAGGUUUAGAGUUACUUAGUACAGCAUUGUGGCACCUCAAGGACGACGUCCAGCUCUGCUAUCUGGCGCGGGACGCGGUCCGGAGGGACCCGCGGUCCCCGGAAGCGUGGUGCGCCGCGGGAAAUUGUCUGUCCCUACAAAAGGAGCACGACGCGGCGAUACGGUGCUUUCAUAGAGCUAUUGCGGUAGCACCUAGAUUCGCCUACGCGUACACGCUGUGCGGCCACGAAUAUGUGGCCAAUGAGGCCUUCGAAAAAGCAGUAGCCAUGUACCGCCACGCGAUGCGGCUCGACGGGCGGCAUUAUAAUGCGUGGUACGGGCUGGGGGCCAUCUACUACCGCCAGGAGAAGUACGCCUUGGCCGAGUACCACUUCCAGCGAGCUUUGAGCAUGAAUCCUGGCUCUUCCGUACUCCAUUGCUAUCUGGGAAUGACGUACCACGCGAACAAACGGUGCCAUGAUGCGCUCCGACAUUUGAGACUCGCAGCUCAAGCGGAACCGAACAACCCCCAGGCGAGGUUCCAGUGCGCCAAUGUCCUUAUUAGCAUGGACCGGCAUGCGGAAGCUUUGAAGGAGUUGGAAGCGGUCGCCGACCACGCGCCGAAGGAGGCCUCCGUCCACUUCCUCAUGGGCAAGGUCUGCAAGAAGCUCGGCAAAUUAGAUGAUGCGAUGAUGCGGUUCACGUUCGCGUUGGACCUCGAGCCGAAGGACAACAACCUGAUCAAAAGCGCUAUUGAUCGGUUGGAGGAGCCUGAUGUCUCUGAGGACGAGAAGUUCUAGUUGGGUAAUCUUGGUUCCUUCUU